GUAGACUGCAAACCCCCUACACUGGUUGUCUUAUGGGAAAUGCAGCCUGAGUCCAUUGUAAAAUCUGCAGAGUAUUCACACACUGCCCUGUACCCUCUACUAAAAUCUAAAGUUUUAUAAUGGACUACAUCUCCUUUAACUUCUUCCUGAUGUCCUUUUUUGGUCUUAAAUGGGUUUAUGGGAGUAAUCUGUGUACAUAUUUGACAGCACAUAUGAAGUACAAACACUCCUAACAAAGCAUUUUUGAGCUUUGAAUUAAUUUUGAUUCCAGGUAUCUGAUGUGUUAUCUGAAAACUAAACCAUGAAACUCCUCGUUAUCCUUCUGUUGGCUUUCUGUGCCAUAACGCAUGGAUGUCCCACCAUAUUAUCCAAGUCAGCAUGGGGAGGGAAGGCUGCCAAAUGCAGCAGCAAUCGUUUACCCAGACCAGUCAAAUUUGUGAUCAUCCACCACACUGCGGGGGAAUUUUGUUCCUCACAGUCUACAUGUUCUGCUCAAGCCAGGAUUGCCCAGAAACAUCACAUGGACAAUCAAGGCUGGUGUGACAUUGGAUACAACUUCCUAGUUGGGGAAGAUGGGCAAGUAUAUGAAGGACGUGGCUGGGGAAACGUUGGAGUUCAUGCUCCACCGUACAACUCAAUUUCCAUCAGAAUCAGCUUUAUUGGAACAUUCACUAGCCCUGGUUAA